UGGAGCGAGACCUGGCAAGAGGCGGAUUUAAGGAGUGGCACUGUGGGAAAGUAGCUGUGCUGCGCCUCGUCUCCACUUUGGAGUCCCGCUGCUACACCCUGCUCUCCUCCGCCGGCCUACAGGAUGCCUGUGAAAGGAGGCACGAAGUGCAUCAAGUACCUGCUCUUCGGCUUCAACUUUAUUUUCUGGCUCGCAGGAACAGCAGUUCUUGCAAUUGGGCUAUGGCUCCGGUUUGAUUCGCAGACCAAAAGCAUCUUUGAUUUGGAAUCCAACAACACUACAUUCUACACAGGAGUUUACAUUCUAAUUGGAGCUGGUGCACUCAUGAUGUUGGUUGGUUUCUUGGGAUGCUGUGGUGCAUUGCAGGAAUCGCAGUGUAUGCUUGGCCUGUUCUUUGUCUUCCUCUUUGUGAUUUUUGCCCUUGAAAUUGCUGCUGCCAUCUGGGGAUUUGCAAAUAAGGAGAAGGUUAUUGAAGAGCUAAAAGAAUUCUACAUGGAAACCUAUGAAAAGAGGUCUCAAGUAGCUGCUAGGGAAACCCUGAAAGCAUUUCAGUUAGCUCUGAACUGCUGUGGUAUUACAGGAGGUCUUGAGCAGCAGUUUAUGGACACUUGUCCUAAGAAGAGCUUACUUGAGUCAUUUACUGUAAAGUCAUGCCCUGAAGCCAUUGAUGAUGUCUUUAAUUCCAAAUUGAAUGUGAUUGGAGCAGUUGGCCUUGGCAUUGCUGUAAUAAUGAUAUUCGGCAUGAUAUUCAGCAUGAUUCUUUGCUGUGCUAUUCGCAAAAAUAGAGAAAUGGUCUAAAGAAGGGGUAAAAAAUAAAACAUCUGCACUAUAAAAUCUUUAUCAUUAACCUCAGCGUUCUCAAAGCAUUUCUAAAAAGUUAUAUAUUUGUUACCUUUUUAAUGCUUUAUUUGGUACUGAUGUAGGUUUGCUUUUUAUGUUAUAGUUUAAAAUGAUAAAGGUAUCUGACUCAAGACAAAUAUUGUACAUAAACUAUCUGACUUUCUUGAAACAUGUAAUUUGGAUGUAAUUUAUGUUGGAGACAAUUUGAUACUUAAUAAAGAGUAAGACAUAUUGUA